AUGGGUAUACCGUACUCCCGCCAAAUCAACGCUGCAUUCGAACAAGUAACACCCCUCGUAGCGGCCGGCUUCAAAGUCCUCCGUACAACACGCGAUAUCUCGAUCUUGCUUGCGGUCAUCCAAGUUCUCACCGUUAUCCUCCUGGGAUUUAUUCUUCUCGCGCUCGUCCUGCUUUUAUACUGCGUGAAUCCGGACCUGGAGGAAGAAAGAAAAGCCAUCGCCACGCCAUGGCUCCGGUACUUCGCUAGUAUCACAAUAUGGUCGAUAUUUAAGACCUUGUUUUCUACGCUGGUCGUGAUGGGGCUUGCAGCAGCGGCGACAUGGCACUUUUUCGUGGCGAAGCAGUGGGUGGAGGAUGUGGAGUACGACGCGAAUGUCGACGCUGAUAAGGCGUUGUCGGACUUAGAAGGAGAAGGCGAAAUUGAAGGUAGCGGCAAUGGAGGAAAGAAGGGGAAAGGUAAGGGGAAGAAGUAG